CCACGCCACUACUGACAGUCCGAGGAUCAGAAGGACUUUACAUGGUAAAUGGACCACCACAUUUUACAGAAAGCACAUUGUUUCCAAGUAACAGGAACUCGUUCCUUGAAGAUGCGACUGAUUCCAGGUCUAGUACAGAAGACAGUACGAGUUGAGCUAGAGACAUUUUGGUCCAGAAAGCAAGGAAGCUAUAAAAGACUACCAGGGCUUUGUUGAAGAGUCACAAGAGUCAACUUCAGGGCAUUCAAAGCAACUUAAGAUGAGGCAAUUUGAGCAUUGGAAAGAAUCAUGACUAAAAGGAUUGAGACAUUCAAGGAAUCUGGGAAAAAUUGCAAAGUCUAUACCUUUAGUAAGGAUGGCACCUUGUUUGCCUGGGGCAACGGAGAAAAAAUAAAUAUUAUCAAUGUCACUAACAAGGGACUACGGCACUCCUUCGACCUCCCAAAGGCAGUUUGCCUUGAGUUCUCGCCAAAAAACACUGUCCUGACAACGUGGCAGCCUUACACUACUUCUAAAGAUGGCACAGCUGGGGUACCCAACCUACAACUUUACGAUGUGAAAACUGGUACAUGUUUGAAGUCUUUCAUUCAGAAAAAAAUGCAAAAUUGGUGUCCAUCAUGGUCAGAAGAUGAAACUAUCUGUGCCCGAAAUGUUAACAAUGAAGUUCACUUCUUUGAAAACAACAAUUUUAACACAAUUGCAAACAAAUUGCAUUUGCAAAAAAUUAAUGAUUUUGUGUUAUCACCUGGACCCCAACCAUACAAGGUGGCUGUCUAUGUUCCAGGAAGUAAGGGUGCACCUUCAUUUGUUAGAUUAUAUCAGUACCCCAAUUUUGAUGGACCUCAUGCAGCCUUAGCUAAUAAAAGUUUCUUUAAAGCUGAUAAAGUUACAAUGCUAUGGAAUAAAAAAGCUACUGCUGUGUUAGUAAUAGCUAGUACAGACGUUGACAAGACAGGGGCGUCCUACUACGGGGAACAAACGCUGCACUACAUUGCAGUGAACGGAGAAAGCGCUGUCGUGCAGCUACCAAAAAAUGGCCCCAUUUAUGAUGUCGUUUGGAAUUCUAGUUCUACUGAGUUUUGUGCUGUUUAUGGUUUUAUGCCUGCCAAAGCGACAAUUUUCAACUUGAAAUGUGAUCCUGUUUUUGACUUCGGAACUGGUCCUCGUAAUGCAGCCUACUAUAGCCCGCAUGGACAUAUAUUAGUACUAGCUGGGUUUGGAAAUCUGAGGGGACAAAUGGAAGUGUGGGAUGUUAAAAACUACAAACUUAUUUCUAAACCAGUGGCCUCUGAUUCUACAUAUUUUGCUUGGUGCCCUGAUGGUGAGCAUAUUUUAACAGCCACAUGUGCUCCCAGGUUACGUGUCAAUAAUGGGUACAAGAUUUGGCAUUAUACUGGCUCUGUCUUGCACAAGCAUGAUGUGCCAUCAAAUGCAGAAUUAUGGCAGGUUUCUUGGCAGCCAUUUUUGGAUGGAAUAUUUCCAGCAAAAACGAUAACUUACCAAGCAGUUCCAAGUGACGUACCCAGUGAAGAACCUAAAGUUGCAACAGCUUAUAGACCUCCAGCUUUAAGAAAUAAACCAAUCACCAAUUCCAAACUACAUGAGGAGGAACCACCUCAGAAUAUGAAACCACAAGCAGGAAAUGAUAAGCCAUUAUCAAAAACAGCCCUGAAAAAUCAAAGGAAGCAUGAGGCUAAGAAAGCUGCAAAACAGGAAGCAAGGAAUGAAAAGAGUCCCGAUUUGGCACCUACUCCUGCCCCACAGAGCACACCACGAAAUACUAUCUCGCAGUCAACCUCUGGAGACCCUGAAGUAGACAAAAAAAUCAAGAACCUAAAGAAAAAACUGAAAGCAAUCGAACAACUGAAAGAACAAGCCGCAGCUGGAAAACAGCUAGAAAAAAAUCAGUUGGAGAAGAUUCAGAAAGAGAAAGCCCUUCUCCAGGAGCUGGAAGAUUUGGAAUUGGGUAUUUAAACAUUCACAGAAAGCCAAUUGUUACCAGAAAUCAGUGCAAACACAUUUUCUGAUAAACCCAUUGGUGUACAUGAAAUACCCAUGUACCCACAUUUAAUGUUCAUCUAUAAUUUUAACCAUUUAUCCAAGAUUCUGCAUAUGUAUAAAAUUAUUUAAUAAUGUCUAUUAAAUUGAUUUUUACAUCCUGCAUCCUAUGCCAUGUCAACACAUGAUGUAGAAAAGAAAUACAUGAAUUUCUUUAGUAAGCCUGACAGAUUGAAAGACGAUGUCAUUGCUUUUUUUAGUAGAGGAUAGUAUUUACCAUAUAUGUGAAUAAAAACAAUUUAAAUUUAA